UAGUAUUUUCAAAUAUGCGCCGCUCGUAACCAAAUUUAGCCGACAAAAACUUAUAACGUAAGCGCCGCGCAAUUUCUCUCUCUCCGGCGGCCUCUUGCCGCUGCUCCUCACGGUAAUCUUUCUAUGUCCGAUGAUGGAUCUCUUGAAACGGAACCCUAGAUGAUCGCCCUUUUUUCGCUGGGAGAAGAAUAUUUCAAGCGUCAAGUGCAGCAAAGUCAGGAAACGGAAUCCGGGCAGUGUGCUUUUUCAGUUACAUAGUCAGACGCGGACGUUCUUGUCAACAGUAACGGUUUGUCUUCUGUUGUCGCUGCCCGAGAUUGACAAUGAAUCAGCAGCCGGAAUCCUCCCCGCUUCUAUUGAAUUCCCGAAGAAUCAUCCGCCAUCCAUCUAAUCCUUGAGAGCUUGUCGCCGAAAACCGCGGUCGUCACUUCUCUGAAGCAAGGGAUUAGCACACCUCUCUCUCUCUCUCUCUCUCUCUCUCUCUCUCUCUCUCUCUCUCUCUCUCUCUCUCUCUCUCUCUCUCUCUCUCUCUCUCUCGUGUUCGGCUGUGCCAGUUGUCUGCGUGUUGGAUGGGUCCCUGUUAUUGCCGGGGCGAGCAUUGCUGUGUUCUGUGAAGGUUUCCUGUUUCGUAUUUGGGCCAGGUAUUACAGUACCACAGGUCCAACUCUGCAGGUUGCAAUUUUCAUGGAGGAGGAUACUCUUUUGCAAGCGAUAUAUGAAGAUGAGGCCCUUGAUUUUGAGGAUGUGGAGAUGGCCGAUGUAGAAGACGGGCAGGAACUGCCAGAACAUGUCGAGGAUGUGACUGGUACAGCUGAAGGUGAUGACUCCCUUCGGGGAAAAACAGAGGAUGUAAAGAUGGUAUCCCGGAAGAGGCGCCGGAAGUCUAGAAAGAGAGAUAAGAACCUUAACGGUGCUAGAAAGGAUGAUAGCACAUAUAUGGACAGUUUUGUUUUGGAAACCAGUAGACGUUUAAAUGAGAAGAAGAUACACCUUGUUCGUGAGGCUGUCAAAUAUCUUGGACUUGCAGCAGUAAACGAUCUUGUUGCUGAGGUGGAUACAAUUCAGAAGUGUGGGGGUCAAAUGACUGUUGAUGGUACACGCCAGCGGACAGGGGGUGGCAUAUUAUGGAACAUCCUUAGAUUGCGUGACCGAAAAGCUUAUAGGGAGAUAAUGGCAAGGGGAAAGAAAUUCAUGAGGCAACGUAAACAAGUCCGAGUGAUGGAUAAGCUUCAAAAAGAAACUGUGGAAACACCACACUCAUCUGAUAUGGCCACUAGUGAAUGUUUGAAGAAUUCAUCAACUGCUGAGCCAGUGCAGGAUGAAUUGUCUAAACAUGAUUCACCGCAAAACCGUGUUUCUGUUUGGCACAGGGUGCGUGUGCCAGUAAGUUACGGUGACCUGGUUGAUGAUGGAACGGAAGAAGGAGAAAUCACCGAGUGAAAUGAUGCAGUAGAAGCCCAGCUGCUCCUAGUGCUAAGCUGCCUUUUUUAGGUCAUGCUUGCACAGACCAAAGUAUGAAGAGAGGCCUUCUUUUCCUUUGUUUUUCCAAGUACCAGGGGAAGUUGGUAACCAACAGUUAGAAUAGCAACCGGAGGUCCAAGAUUUUAUUUCAGAACGAUGUUUGGCAAAUCGCUCUAAAAAAGCCUAUACUCUCCUUGAGGAAUUUGGUGUUUUUUCACAAUGCAGCCAGAUCUAUGGGCAGGAGAAAUCUCAGUGUUCAUGAAUUUUGUUGUAACUUGGGAAGCUAGUAGUCAUACUCACAUUGGUAAAAUUUGCGGACGCAAUGAAUACAUCAUGGUUUACACAGAAAGGCCGUUAGUCCCUUACGUUUUUGGCAAACUCUGUCUAAUUAGUCGUUGAUGUGCAAUAUGUUUGACGGACUGACAGAGGGAACAAUUCACUUGUCAAGAAGCGACUAAAAUGCGCCUUCAAAACCUUGUUCUUUUGAAGGCAGGAUUUAGGGAUUAAAGGAAUACUCUUGUGUACAACUCAUGAAUGAUACGAUUUGAACUAAGUUCCUAUGGUGUUGACUUUUGAAUUUGAUUCAUGAAAUUCCCAUCUUGCAGCUUGGUGUUCAAGGAA